UCCACCCAUUCAUCAUUUCCCCAAGAGGACUAGAGACUCGCAUGUCCGGCUGGUCCUCCGUACCAUUGAUGCCCGUCACCGAGCUUCUAGAUGCACAGGGCGGGCAUUCGAACAAAUGUUAUGCAGUUACUCGUGGCAAUUGUGGUGGAUCAUCGUAUUGGACCCGCAACCUACCACGAUACCAUGAUUAUGGCGGCCCAACACAAUCAUCGGCCUUGGUAGGGGGUUUCUGCCGGUCCGAUGUUUUCAAUCCCAAGCCGACUCCGAACGUGGGGAUGCGUUCUCACCAUCAUAUCGGCUUGGCCUGGAAUCAUGGAUUCGGUGCCGCUCCGUGGAUGCGGCUUACCCUGUAUUCAAGGGGUUUGCCGAUUCCCCUUGACAGAAAGGCUAUCAUGAGAUUGUCUGCGAUAUAUUCCUUGGUCUUGACAGUUCUCUAUGUCGCAAUUGUCUGA